UUCAAAUCAUUCCCCCAGUGGAUGGCCACGCGAUCGGUUCGGUGUUUGGUAUCAGAGUAUCGGUUUUCCCAGAGAUUCAGUGUCAGUGUCGUUUCGAGUGAGAGUGUCAUGAAGCCAUAGAAACUAAGGAAGUCCCACAACUAAACGCAAAACCCACAAAUACAGUUUUAAUAAUUAAUCAAUUGAAAAUGAGCCAAAGAGGUGACAGCGGUCACACGAACAGUGGCUUCAAUGGCGGCUCCGAGGUGUCCUUGGAUAUACCCACCAAUACGUUGUACCACACCUCCCGGGAUUGCAUAGUUCAGGAGGAGCAGGGUCCAAAUGAGAGCUGCCUGGAGGGAACCCAAAGCUGUUGCUCGAAUCUCUGGUCCAAUAUCUUCAGGAAGAAAACGCUGUACAAGCGAUUCCCCAUUUUGGUCUGGCUGCCGCAGUACAAAAAGGAUUAUAUAUUCGGUGAUAUAGUGGCGGGCAUAUCCGUGGCCUUGACUGUGAUUCCUCAGGCAUUGGCCUAUGCUGGAAUAGCAGGAUUGGAUCUGCAGUAUGGCCUGUAUGCCUGCUUCCUGGGCUGCUUCAUAUACAUAUUCAUUGGAUCUAGCAAGGAUGUGCCCAUAGGACCUACGGCUAUAUCGGCGCUAUUAUCCUUCCAAAUUGCCGGAGGCAGUUGGCAAGUGGCCACCUUGCUGACCUUUCUCACAGGACUCAUUGAGAUCCUGAUGGGUGUUUUCCGGCUAGGAUUCCUCAUUGAUUUUGUAUCCGGACCUGUGGGAGCUGGAUUUACGAGUGCCGUAUCCUUGAUCAUCUUCAGCUCACAGAUGAAGGAUUUUUUGGGCAUCAAAACCAGUGGAAAUACCUUCCUGCAAGUGUGGAUUAGUAUUGUGAAUGAUAUACACAACAUCAGCUGGCCGGACUUUAUCCUGGGUCUCAUCUGCAUAACUCUUUUGCUGAGUUUGAGAGCCCUAGCCAGUUUUAGUUUGGGUCCCAAGGAGGGAAAAACCGGGACCCAAAAACUGCUCACUGGCAUUUUCUGGACCAUUGGAACUGCCCGAAAUGCGCUGUUGGUUUGCGGAACUGCUGGACUUGGUUACUGGUUGUUUGUGAACGGAAAGGAGAAUCUUGUGAGGACAGUUGGGUUCGUGCCCAAGGGAUUGCCCUCUUUCCAAGCACCACCCUUCCACAUUGAUGCUGUGAUCAACGCGACCACUGGAGAGGUCCUGCAAGAGGCCCAGGGUUUCUGGGACAUGGUCAGUACUUUGGGAUCUGGACUCAUUGUGGUCCCCCUGAUUGCUCUUCUGGAAACUAUGGCCGUUGUUCAGGCUUUCGCUGAUGGAAAACCCACGGAUGCCACCCAGGAGCUGAUUGCCUCCGGGGUCUGCAAUGUGGCCAACUCCUUUGUCCAGGGCCUGAGGAGCAAUGGAGGAAUCGCCAGGGGAGCGAUCCUUAAUGCUAGUGGAGUGAGGACCCAGCUGUCCAACCUGUACACCAGUGUGAUCGUGAUCAUCGCACUGCUCUAUCUCACGCCCUGCUUUUAUUACAUUCCUAAGGCGGCACUGGCCUCUAUUAUUAUUGCGGCGGUGAUCUUCAUGGUCCAGUACCGAGUGAUCAAGCCCAUGUGGCACAGUAAAAAAACCGAUCUCAUUCCCGGCCUGGGCGCCUUCUUUGCCUGUUUGGUUUUGCCCCUGCAACUGGGAAUCCUCGUGGGGAUCGGCAUCAACGUGGUAUUUAUUCUUUAUCAGGCUGCCAGGCCCAAGCUGCGCAUCGAAACACUGGCGACAACUACUGGCCUGAAGUACCUGAUGCUAACCCCCGAUCGCUGCCUGAUCUUCCCCUCGAUGGAGUUUGUUCGAAAGGUGAUCAACAAGCAGGGUCAAAAGUCCACUCUGCCAGUGGUCAUCGAUUGCACCCACAUUUAUGGAGCGGAUUUCACAGCCGCCAAGGUUAUAUCGACCAUGGUCAUGGACUUCAAGCUGCGUGAGCAGCCAUUGUUCUUCUACAAUCUGCAGCCUCGCGUGGCGCAGGUUUUCGAAGGACUCAGCAAGGAUCUGGUGGUUAUAUACGACAUCACCACUCUGCACGCGAAACUUUCGGAGAAGUCUACGAUCUGAGGGAUCCAAAGAAAUCUGAGGGAGAUCAACGCUGCAACCUCGUCAUGCGAUAGUCUUAAUCUAAUCUCGCCUUUAGUCUCUGUUUAGGCUUAAGCUCUAUUUUAGUAUUAGCUUUGGACGUUGGUUUGCCCGCCGAGGCCAGCGACUAAAUUUCUGGGCAGCCCACGCUCAUCGCCUUAGUUGAAGGUACCAUUCCAUGUGGCUAGCUCACCUUAGUUACCAUUUAAGUUGCCGCAAUCUUCCACUAUCCGCAGAUGUCUGCACAAUAUUUAUUCGGCCUUAAGCAAAUCGCUGUGAAUUUCGUUGAGCGAAAUAUCUGCGUCCCACCCGCGUUUUUGCCGCUGUACAUAGUAUUAUUUACGAAUAGCGAACGAAGAGUUUUAGCAUAAGUACUUAAAUAAAUCAAGUAAAUAUUAAAUAUCCAAGUGA